GCUGAUGAUCGACAGCUAGCUGGUGUCCUCCUCAUUAGCAUAGAGAAGAUACGAGACCCUCGCCCGUCUCUCAUCCUACGACCUCAAACCGACAUGCAGUCUGACUUCACAGAGGACCAGAUCAUGGAGUUCAAGGAGGCCUUCCUUUUGUUUGACCGGACGGGUGAGGGGAAGAUCACCUACAGCCAGUGUGGGGAUGUUAUGCGGGCCCUUGGACAGAACCCUGUCAACGCUGAGGUGCUCAAGGUCCUGGGAAACCCCAAGUUAGAAGAGAUGAACUAUAAGAUGUUGGAUUUUGAACAGUUCCUGCCCAUGCUUCAGGCCAUUGCUAAGAGCAAAGACCAGGGUUCCUUUGAGGAUAUCGUAGAAGGUCUGCGGGUCUUUGACAAGGAGGGAAACGGCACAGUGAUGGGAGCAGAGCUGCGUCAUGUUCUCACUACACUAGGUGAAAAAAUGACAGAGGAGGAGGUGGAAACUCUUUUAGCGGGACACGAAGACGCCAAUGGCUGCAUUAACUAUGAAGAACUCGUCCGGAUGGUGAUGAGCGGUUGAGGAUUUCAGAAAUGCACUUCCAGCUUUAAUUUUAUUCCUGAAUAUUUUUAUAUUGUUUGUCUCGUCUUGCCCUUCCAUCCACGUCAUCCUACCUCCAACAAGUCUCCUUUCUCUUCUUUUUUUUUUGACAUCUUCAAUUUAUUUCGAAAGUGCCUAUUCAGUCUAAUGUGAAGAAACCCUUUCAUCUCAUUUCUCCUAACAUUAUUCAGCCUCGCAGGUACUCUCUGUAGGAAGGUUCCCUUGAUGAUUUCACCUAUUACAUCUUUAUUAACCCAUCAGUCUUGUUGUCUACAGCUUUUGUUGUUUUUGUUUUUGGUUUGAUAAUGUGACAUGUUUCAUCUAACAGUAUUGAAUAAAAAUCCUAGUUUCCAAAGUGUC